AUGAAAGGCUGGGCUUUCGCGCUAGGUUUUUUGUGGCCAACAGAUGGCAGGCGCAUUGAUGUCGUCAACAGAUGCUCAAGGCCUAUGAUCAUUGCCCCAACAGGGGGUAACGCACAAGUGCCUUGCGGAAAUUGCCCUGGCAUGACAUGCAAUCCAAUCAACAACCAGUGCUAUUUCGAUUUUGAAAUGCCUGGGAAUGACUGGACGAUUGACCCAGGAGAGCAGAUCUCUUUGUAUACUCCCAAUGAGGCGGUUCGACAAGGGAACGGUGUUGUGGCAGAUUGGAGCGGGAAGCUUGAAUUCUACGCAAAUCACACGCGAGAUGGAGGCUUGAUAGCUUCUGCCUUCUGCAACAACAAGCCAUUUUGUCCUUCGUACCAAGGUUUGAACGGAGUCGCCACUGCAGUUGAGUUCACUUUGGUACCAUUUGGUCCAGACUUUUAUGAUGUUUCUGUCAUCAACGGCUUCAACGUUGCCAUUGAAAUGAAGCCGAGCACUCGUUUUGACCGAGUAAGUGAAGAAGCUGCGGGUAGUCACAAGGGCUACAACUGUGGCGCAGCUGGAGCUUUUCAUCAGAAAGACACCCGGUUGAGCUCAUGUUCUUGGGCCUUCAACACAUCGACAGAUGUGCAACGAGAUUUAGGACCUUUACUUCGACAGGUGGAUGGCAAUGGAGUUCCUUGCACCUCCAACUCAGACUGCCUUGAAACAAACACCCGGUGCGGGCAAAAGGCAGUCCGAGUUCGGAAUGCAUUGACAGGACAGGACCAACCGACUACAGAGAUUCGCAUGGAAUGUGGCCAUCAAAUCGGUUGGUGGUCCAUCUACCAGCUCUGCGUUUGGAGUGGCAAUAACUAUGUGAGCCCUGCUCCAUUUGAUGGGCUGAUAGACUGCCCGGCACAUCAUCAGAUGUUUGCGUGUGCUGGUGCUGCACCGUGGACCACCACCUGCUAUUCUCAGCAUACCGGGUCCUGCUGCGGUUGCGCGAAUUGGCAACAGCUCCUGAACACUUCAGUUCCAAAAGCGCAUGAAGGUUGCCAAGGAUCUGAUCCGUUGUGGCAGAAGUAUGCCAUGCCAUUCCUGGAAAUCUUGAAGCGUGCAUGUCCUACUGCAUACACAUAUGCUUUUGAUGAUGAGUCUUCCACUUUUACUUGUCAGAGCUCCAGCAGCAGGGAUGGAUUUGAAGCGAACGUGGCAGAGUAUACAAUCACUCUUUGUCCAAAUCAGAUGGCGACCGUGUCUCAUCAGAACAGCGAUGAGCUCUUGAGAUUGGCGCCCUUGGGACCUUUACACGUCAAUGCAACUGCAAUUUCCAAAGCUUCUUUUCAAUAUCAUGUCUAUUGGAUGUUCCUCCUUUUUCUAAGUCUCCCAAUGAGGAGCUAG